AUGCUGCCUUCGAUUCGGAGAUUGCUUCGCCAACCCCAUCGAUUGAAAGGCCUGAAGGUCAUCUCGCAUUCGUUUAGCAUUGUCACUGCGCUUGAUGUCCUCACCGCCGUCUCCGCGCCUUCCCUUCGCUCCCUCGUCCUUCACGACACGGCAAUGGAGUAUGGUGGGACGUCCAAGUGGUUACCCGAUGACGUCCUUGGGGAGGGAACACCAGAACUUUGCCAUGUUGAUAUCGACGGGUGGGGAUUUUCCUGGACCUGGCAGCGGUUCGCGAAUCUCACCUCGCUCAACUUGAAGAUACCUUGGUAUAUCAAAUAUGAUACAAGUUUCUUCCAGGCAAUGGAACGCAUGACGACGCUGAUCCACCUCGACCUUAGCGUCCCUUCAAUAGCGGGGCGGCAUGAAGAAGUGUACAGCGAGCCCGGGCAGAUCGGUCUACCCCUACUCAGGACCUUCCGCACCAAGUCCUCUACGAAGCGAGGGGUUGGAUUGCUGACCCCGCUAUGCAUCCCUUCCACCGCUCAGCUCCACGUUACCGUGUGUGACUUCGAGAACGACAAGAUCUCGUCCAAUGCCAUGGCCCUAUCGAGGGCUGUAGGCAAACCACGAUUGGCCCCGCUUUCCCCUUCCCAUCCCCUGCUGUCCUACUACAAACGCCUUUCCAUCCCGAUACCACCGAUGGGGGACAGCAAUUUGUCCCCGAGACGUCUACGGAUCUCACCUGUCAAGAAUAGAACUGGAAGACGUCUAACCCUACUCCGCAUCACGAUGUGGUCAGUUGACCAUCUCGAUUGUGAGGUAGUUGGGUUGGAAGAGCCACCUGAAGAGACGUGUUUACUGGACAUGGAGGUGCGCCACGGCCAGACACAACCCUUCCUGGGUCCGUUCCUCGAGUCAUAUCCGUUGGAACACCUCCGGGAGGUCAUAUUGGAUUGCAAAAUGGACAAGGGUGAUUUUGGGAUUCUUGGGGGGUUGCCCUCACUCGAAACGGUUCGGUUGACCGCAAAGAAUGCGAAGCCGUGGUUUCGGUACAUCGUUGACGACCCAGCGUUGCUCUCUGCCGGCAGGGAGGCGUCGAUGGAAAUCGACUCGGAUAGGCCCGCCCUCGCUCAUUUCCCGAGCCUCGUUUUCGUCUCAUUCGAAGCGGCUGACUUCGGCCUAGGACGGUAUGCACCUGCCAACCCGGAUGAUACAAUGGACGUGGAACAACUUUUAGAUUUCUUAACCUUGCGGCACAGAUUAGGCGGGCAGAUCAGGACCGUACAGUUCACGAAUUGUGUCAACCUGUUCGAGGCGGAUGUGGAGAAGAUGAAGGGAAUCGGAGUGCAGGUGGUGUGGGACGGUCACUCGGUUGCGAGGGACUUCAGUUCUUCAGGGGAUGAGGAGAGUGAUGAAGAAUACGAGGAGGACUCGGAGGACAGUUCCGAUUCCGACUACUAG